AUGAGACCUUCCUUAUUACUACAUGCUUCUGAUGCUUUUUAGUUAUUGUACGUGUUUCUGGGUAGGACCAUUCAAGUUUAAGUAGUGAAAAUAUGAAUCAAAUUGCAAAGCAUAAUUGCAAGUGUUUUUUCCAAUUGCGGUUGUUUUUCUAGACCGAAGUAAAGGUGGAGUCAUUUGUGUAUCUUGUGUUUUUUCUGUGACCCACACCAUCCCUGUUACUUAAGAGAAUUGCCAGCCCUCUUGACUCUCCUUGUAUUUUGGGUGAAUUUCAGUAGACAAAUACAUGCACCUCUCUGGAAGCAAGUCCCUGCCAAGCUGAGCCAUCAGGAGAAACUUCUGUUGGCAUUCUCAUGUUCCUAAAAAAGGGAAGUUCUUUGCUUUGAAGUUAACUCUGAUCAGAUCAGUCCAUAGGUUUUUUUUUUCUUCCAGCUUUAAGAUCAAGUCCAUAGUUUUGAAAAAGCCACUUUAGAUUUUCAUGAGACGAGUGUGAUCACGCACCAGUAUGAUAAUGGCGCAACCUUGUGACUUUUUAUAUUAAUUUUUGAGGUUUUCUCUAUAUCACGGUGAUAAAAUUAGGAGACGAUGAAGGAUUUAGUUGGAGUUUUUAGAAAGUGCUCUGAAUAAGCCAAAGUUCAAUUAUGAAUUAAUUUCCAUACAAAGUUAUCUUGUGAGAGGAAACCGUGUACUCAGGGUUUUCCAAUGGGCUGUCCGUGCAGGGAUGCACACUUCCUGUAAUCCUUAAACAGAUCAUAUCUGCUCAUCAUGAUUUACAUUUUCUCAGGAAAAGAUCUAGAAAUCUUAAGAGAGAGUCUGUGACUCUUCAAGAAGGUAAUCUCCUAUCUUGGAAGAAAGCUCAGACUUGCGUUCACGUCACAGGUGUUUGCUUGACACCCCUUCCUCCUCCACUGUUCUGGCUAAUUCCUGAUGGUUUUGGACAUGAAAACUCUGCCCUGUUUUUCAGUGUCACCGCACAGAGGAGGAGGUUUGUGAGUAACUCAAGCUGUGCAGAGAAUGCUCCUAACGCAUUGGGAAGGGUUUUAAGUGAAUUUUUAGGGUCACCGAUUGAAUUCUGUGUUUGCGCACAGGAGCCGGUGCGGAAUUUACGUAGCAAAGGAAACGUGUGUACCUGUAUUUCAGAUCCCUGUCUGGCGAGGAGUUUGGAGCGUGGCCAGCACCGGGCAGUGGAGCUGUUGCGGCAUGAAGAGCGGUGACGGCGAUAACGCAGAAGGAUCGCUGUGCCACCAAGAUGACGGCGAUCCUGCGUCUGAGACAAGCAGGUCCCCGCUGCGCGAACGCGUGUCUGCACCGUGGAGUGUUUAAGAGUAGAACUUCUGGAAGGCAGCGGUCCGCACCCUGAUGACGUGCUCACCAGUUCCCUGGUCUACUCCUCAGUGAGAUUUAUGAUUGGCCAUAUUCAUAAACAUCCCGGAAGAUAGGAUUCUCCUGAAAGAACUGAAGAUAAUGUACAUUUGGGGGCACAAAGGAGCAUUUGCAUCAGUUUUCUACCAACGCAGGCGGUCAGCAUCGUGAGGCAGCCAGAAUAGUUAUGGUCAGUCAUGGAGAAUCACCAGGAGACGCGUCCCGAAGCGGGUGGGGAUUUUGUUUCUGAUCAAAUACAUUUUAAAAUAGAAGAGGAAGAUGACGAUCACAUUGCUGAUCACAGUUUGGAAAGAAUGGACUUUAGAAAUGAGCAGGAGAACAGGAAACGGGCUGGCAGCGGGGAUGAACGGGCAGAGGGCAGAGAGGCGAGCUGUGGCUGCCAGCCCCCGGGGAGGCGCGUCUCUCCUGACCCCGAGGACGACUACGGGGCCCUAUUGUCACAGUAUAACAGCACCCUGUACAGCGUGGCCAUGGAGGCCGUGACGCAGAGCCUGCUCUCCGGCCGCGGCAUCAGCUCCAGGAAGAAGUCCCCGGCUUGGAAGCAUUUUUUCAUCUCACCCCGGGAUAGCACGAAGGCCAUCUGUACGUACUGCAUGAAGGAGUUCAGCAGGGGCAAGAACGAGAAGGACCUGAGCACCAGCUGUCUGAUGCGGCACGUGAGGCGGGCGCACCCCACCGUUCUUGUGGAGGAAAACGGCAGCGCGCCGGCCCCGGCCCCCCUCCCUGCCCCUCUGCCGCGGCUCCCGCCGCCGCCCACUGAUGCCGGAGACCCGGGCACCGUCCUGUCACCUGGCAAACUCGUCCCCAGAACGGCCUCUAAGAGCCCGUCUCCCCAUCAGGUGACAGAGGAACUUGGCUCUGUGGUUUCUUCCGAAGAGGCCCCCUCCGACGUGUUAGUCUCUGAGAGGUACAGCAGGGAUGAAGCCCUGGCGGGGCUGCCUCCCCAGCCCCCCAGCCUCCACUGCGACGAGCCUGCAGAGAACGGGGCUGAGAAAAACCUCCCCCUGCCCAGGAGCGCAUCCGGGUCCAGGAGGAGGUCUGCCGUCUGGAAGCACUUCUACCUGUCGCCCCUGGACAACUCCAAGGCCGUGUGCAUCCACUGCAUGAACGAGUUCAGCCGGGGCAAGAACGGAAAGGACCUGGGCACCAGCUGCCUCAUCAGGCACAUGUGGCGGGCACACCGCUCCAUCGUGCUUCGGGAAAACGGCGGGGGCGCUGGCGUGCCGCCCCCCUACUCUGCACCCCCAACCCUGCUGCCCACCCCGCCGCCGCCUGACGGAGAGCCCAGCCCCACGUCCUCGUCUCCGGGGAAGCCGGUGCAGGACUCCACCUCUGCGCCCUCCUCCCCCGACCGGCUGGCGGAAGACCCGCCAGCACACUGGAACCUCGGAGACUCACAGGUGGAAGACGCGUGGGCGUUGUCCUCCUCCUCUGACGUGGGUGAGGCCUCAUGGGCAUCCUCUCCCGAGAAGCAGCCAGGCGACACGCCCAGCCCUCGCCCACUCGAGUCCGGUGCCGUGUUCCAGCAGAACAAGAAGGUCAUGAGGAGGCUGAAGUCGGAAGUCUGGCAUCACUUCUCGCUGGCCCCCACGGACAGCCUCAAGGCUGUCUGCAGGCACUGUGGCUGCGCCAUCAGCCGGGGCAAGAAGGGCGACGUGGGCACGAGCUGUUUGAUGCGGCAUCUCUACAGGCGCCACCCGGAGGUCGUUGGGAACCAGAAGGGCUUUCUGGGGGCCAGCCUGGCGAAUUCGCCAUACGCCACCUUGGCUUCUGCAGAAACUUCCUCCUCCAGAUUAACUGACCUGCCGACCAUGGUCACAAAAAACAAUCAAGUUAUGUUUCCCGUCAACAGCAAAAAGACCUCCAAGUUGUGGAAUCACUUUUCUAUCUGCUCCGCAGACCCCACGAAGGUCGUGUGCUUGCACUGUGGCCGGACGAUCAGCAGAGGCAAGAAGCCGACCAACCUGGGCACCAGCUGUCUCCUGAGGCACCUGCAGAGGUUCCAUGGCGGCGUGCUGAAGCCCGACGCCCCCAGGACGGCGCCACCCUCCCCUCCUGGUGCCCGUGGGCCCCUGAGCUCAGAGUCGGCAGGCGCCUCCUCCUGCGACGACACCAGCGAGAAGUUUUAUGAUUCGCAUCCAGUUGCCAAAAAAAUAACAAGUCUCAUUGCUGAAAUGAUCGCACUUGACCUCCAGCCGUACUCGUUUGUGGACAACGUUGGCUUCAACAGGCUGCUCGGAUACUUGAAACCUCAGUACUCUCUGCCCCCUCCGUCCUACUUCUCCAGGACGGCCAUCCCAGGUAUGUACGACAAUGUGAAACACAUCAUCAUGUCACAUCUCCAGGAAGCCGAGAGCGGUGUGGUCCACUUCACGUCUGGAAUCUGGAUGAGCAGCCAGACCCGGGAGUACCUGACCCUCACCGCCCACUGGGUCACCUUUGAGUCGUCGGCCCGACCGCACCGCGAGGACCACCACUGCUCGGCGCUGCUGGACGUGUCGCAGGUCGACUGCGACUACAGCGGCGGCAGCGUCCAGAAGCAGCUGGAGUGCUGGUGGGAGGCCUGGGUGACGUCCACUGGCCUGCAGGUGGGCAUCACAGUCACCGACAGCCCCAGCAUAGGGAAGGCGCUGAACGAGGGGGCCCGCUCGAGCGUGCAGUGCUUCAGUCACACGGUCAGCCUCAUCGUCAGCGAGGCCAUCAAGAGCCAGAGGAUGGUCCAGAACCUACUCAGCACCGCACGGAAAAUAUGCGAACGGGUCCACCGGUCGCCCCGGGCGAAAGCGAAGUUGGCAGAGCUGCAGAAGGAGUACGAGCUGCCGCCCCACCACCUCCUCCAGGACGUCCCGUCCAAGUGGAACACAUCGUUUCACAUGCUGGAGCGGCUUAUCGAGCAGAAGAGGGCGGUGAACGAGCUGUCUGUCGAGUGUAACUUCCGGGAGCUCAUCAGCUGCGACCAGUGGGAGGUGAUGCAGUCCGUGUGCCAUGCGCUGAAGCCCUUCGACGCCGCCAGGCGGGAGAUGAGCACCCACGUGUCCACGCUCAGCCAGGUCAUCCCCAUGAUCCACAUCCUCAACAGGAGGGUGGAGAUGCUGUUCGAGGAGACCAUGGGCAUCGACACCAUGCUCAAGUCCCUCAGGGAGGCCAUGGUGAGCCGCCUGUCCGCCACCCUCCACGACCCCAGGUACGUGCUGGCCACCCUGCUGGACCCGCGCUACAAAGCCUCCCUCUUCUCCGAGGAGGAGGCGGAGCAGUACAAGCAGGACUUGAUCAGGGAACUAGAAACGCUGAAUUCUACCUCAGAGCCCACGCCCGUCUCCAACGGAUGCGACCCGGGCUCCCCACCGCGAGACUGUGCCGGCGAGGAGAGCCUGUGGUCACUCAUGGCCAAGAUGAAGAAGACCGAGCCCAGAGGGAGGACGAAGGUCCCGGAGGACAUGGUGCUCGCGUACCUGGAGGAGGAGGUGCUGGAGCACAGCUGUGACCCGCUCGCCUACUGGAACCUGAAGAGGGCGGCCUGGCCGGGCCUCUCCACCUUGGCCGUGCGGUUUCUGGGCUGCCCCCCGAGCAUCGUCCCCUCCGAGAGGCUGUUCAGCACACCCACUGAGAAUGGCAGCUUUGGCCAGUCCCGGCUCACGAUGGAGCAUUUCGAGAAACUUAUUUUUCUGAAAGUGAAUCUUCCCUUAAUAUGCUUCCAGUAUUGAAGCUCACGGUGGAGCCACCGGACGAGAAGCAGCACCGGCCCCGAGCUGGCGGCUCGCUGCGGUCGGGGCCCUGCGGGACAGCAGGCCGGGCGCUCAGGUCCACAUCCACGGGAGGUUCCCGUCCCGGCCCUCGCCGUCAUGUCCACAUGUGCCUUACCCAGUCCUUCAGGCCAGGUACCACGGUGUGUUUUUUAAGAAGUCCAGUAGAAACAGCCUGUCUUGUCAGUUAUGAAAUACAAUGAUUAGGUUUUCAUUCGUAACUGUAAAAUUGUUUAAAAGUUGGGGGUUAGGAGUUUGUUUUACUAGAAUGGCGGAGGAGAUAUAAGCAGUUUUAUUCAGUAGGCUUCUUAUUGGAUUAUGUAAAAACCACAAAUCAGGUACUGUACUUUAGUUUAAAAUUGCUUUAAUUGCAACAAAACCGCUCUGUGGCUGUCAGACAAAACCUGUGUGCAGGAGGUGGAGUUCAAGCCAUCCCGACCGAGCAGUUCCUGGCUGCAGGCUCCAAAGUACAUUCAGGGGACGGUGAGUGUUCUGGGAGGUGACUGUUUACACGACAGAGACGUGGCUUUCGAAGACAAGCCUGCACUCACACGUAUCCUGGAAUGUCAGUCAUGUAGGGUUCAGGGGAGAGAGCACUGCCGUUGCAGGGGUUUGCCCUCAGUGCCACGUGGGCUGUUAGCUCGGACACAUCCCCGCCGUUCACAGUGCGCGCCGGUGGUGCCUGCUGUGUAGCUAGUGCACAGCGUGACACGUUUACAGCAUCCUGUUGAUGGAAUCUCCAAGCCUCUGGCUCAGUGGCUCUACACCAUGAAGCUAUCUUGAAAUUUGUGCACUGACCCCCAAUUUGAUCAAAUUAUGUAUACAGUCCUUUUUAGAAGAGGUGGCUUAUUAACAGGGAAGAAGAUUGCUAUAAUACAGUUGUAAGAAUAGCAUUAGGUGUUUAGAUUUUCUUUUUGAUAAUAGGGAAGAUUCAGCCAUCAAUGGGAUAUUUUAGAAUCCCAAGGACAUCAAAAUGGAGUAUCAGUCAUCAGGUUUUUUUAACAAUAAUACGUCUUUAGAGUUUUUGCCUCAGUGUCUAGAAAACGGUUCAUUUUCUUAUUUCGAACCAGGUAAAUAUUCUGGGUGAAACAAGUCACUGAUUUGCCUGUGACCUUUUAGAAAAGUUGUCGUUUUGUUAAAAUACUGUACCUGUUAUUAAUCUGAAUUUGCAUUGACUACGUUUUAGUGUAUUUAUAAAUGGUGAACCCAGUUUCUGAAAUUAAACUUUUUAUUUGCAAUUUUC